AUGGCCGCGGAACAGAGAAAGCUGCUGGAGCAGCUCAUGGGAGCUGACCAGCUCAUUGGCACCGGAGCCCAGGGCCGCAAUUCGCAGCUUUCAAUUACCGACCCCAAAGUCUGCCGUUCCUACCUCGUCGGUACUUGCCCGCACGACCUCUUCACCAAUACCAAGCAGGAUCUCGGACAAUGCCCCAAGGUGCACAGCGAGGGCCUCAAGACGGAGUAUGAGACAGCUUCGUCGGCGGAGAAGGCUAAAUGGGGAUUCGAAUUCGACUACAUGCGCGACAUGCAGAAGUACAUUGACGACUGUGACCGGAGGAUCGACACGGCCCAGCGCCGACUGGAAAAGACCCCAGACGAGAUCAGGCAAACCAACGACCUCCUCAAGCAAAUCGCAGACUUAAACAACACCAUCAACACCGGCCUCCUCGAAAUCUCCGUCCUCGGCGAGACAGGCUCUGUCGCCAUGGCCCUCAGCGACAUGCACAAGAUCCGCACGGCAAAGCAUCAGAAGGAGGGCUAUGAGCGCGAUCUCAAGAAUCUCCAGGAUACUUCAGGCCCGUCGGGCCAUCAGAAGCUCCAGGUCUGCGACGUGUGCGGCGCAUACCUGAGUCGACUUGAUAAUGACCGACGAUUGGCAGAUCACUUCUUCGGAAAGAUGCACAUGGGAUAUUCGGAUAUGCGCAAGGGUUUCAAAAGGCUCAGCGUCGAACUUAAGGGCCGGGCUCCGCCCGUGCGCCAGCACGAAGAGGAGGAUCCUUACAGUGCAGGUGGCCGGUCUGGAGGUGGACGUGGUCCUCGGUAUGGGGGAGGUGGCGGUGGUGGUGGUGGAUACAGACGACGAGGCGGAAGAUGGUAA